AUGGUCAUGGCAAAGCCGACUACUUUGAUCGACUCCUCCGCACUGCCAUGGCCCAAAAGUGUGAUGGAAACCAAAUCCAACCCCGUCCAUCUGGCUGCCAUUUCCAACUACAAGUUGGCGCAGCUCACGUUUGCUCCUCCAGAUGUGCAUUCGCUCCACAAGACGGCCGUAAUCAAAAAUAUGCUCGACUUGCUGUACAGAACCACUCCCUCCGAAUGGCUCUCACAAAUGACUCGCUGGACUUUUCUCACACCAGAGUCGCUGAAUGGGAAAACGCCUGCCAACCUGGAGGAAGUGUUUACGCAGUACGUUCAAACCAUUGAAGCGUUUCGAUCAGUGCAGGCACUGAGUGGUAGUGACGAUGACGCGACGGAAGAGGACGAUAAUAAACCGUUGAUACAAUUGCAAUCAAAUGCAUCGACGGGUCUGUUCACCCUUCCCAAUGCCAACUAUUCCAGCGAGUCACUUGAGGUGAAGCCCGCCGGACGACCAGAUGACGAAAAAAAGGAAACACGACGACGACGAAGUACUAGGAGUCGGAUCAGUUGGACAAGCGAUGUCGGUGCAUCAUCAAAUGAUUUAACACAGCAAUUAGCCAAAGAAAUGGUGAAUUUGUUUGAUAUGGAUUUCAGAAUAGAGUUCCAGAUCACCUCCGCUCCUCGCUUUCUAAAUUUGGAAGUCGGCAAGCAUGAAAAACGACGAUCCGAAGCACGAGCAUCAAUUUCGUCGUUAUUGGGUCUAAUUCCGGUGUUCGAAUCGUACGGUGUGCAUUCAUCCGAUUCCGAACAAGGAGAUGAAGGUGAAGGCGAAGGCGGAGAAACCGAUGUCGAUGCAUGGUCUUUUCCUUCACCACCCUCGAGUUCAUCGGUCUCGCCAGUCUCUUCCCCAGAUACACCUCUGUCGUCGUCUUUGAUAACAACAGCAGAAGCAGCGCCAUUCCAUUUGCCCUCUCUACCUACAUGCCCAUCCAAGAAAGCUUCCACUCGGGCCCUUCCGCCGGGGCCGCCUAUUCCGCUUGGACCGUUGCCACCACCAAAACUGCCGUGUUUAGACCAUCAACCACAGAUCACAUUACCGAAAGAGGAAAAGGAGGCCGGUGCCAGUAUACCAGCAUCUACCACGCGAGAACGUUUACAUAAAAAGUCAUCGAUUCACAAACUUGCAUCCUUUAUCGUCAGACGUCGCACAACAUCCAACGAUGAUUUGGUGAAACCUUGCAAUGUCAACCAGAUGAAUUCGCAUGCCCAUUCUAUACCACACUCUCAGCCUACUCUACCGGAACAUCUACUGUAUAAACCCUUGCCAACCAUUCCAACUUUGCAUACCCCCACCCGCCACCAUCCACUGCCUACACCACCUCUUAGUCCAAGUGCAUCCUCCAUUUCACCAACCCCCACGGGCGUUCAACGGACGCGCUCCUUUGUGGCAUCCGAUGCCAUUAAAGCCUCGCUAAAACUAACCACUAAAUCACGCAGUACACAGCGUUCCAAGGCGCGUGCAAGCUCUAUUCACGCUGACAGUGCUAUGCAACCAUCAUGCUUCGUUACGCAUACGAAUUUACAUUCCAAUAACGCUGAUUCCGAAAAGCAUACUCCUAUGACCGAACCGACUGGUUCAUCCAUUAAAAAUAACUAUAGACUUAUGAAAGGAAUUAUGGCAUUAGGAAGACGCAUGACGCUACGAAAUAAAUGA